AUGGCAGUGUUGAGUAGAAAAACGGCCAGAUCCAAGACCGCGGGAGCCGCGCCUCCGGCCAAGAAGAGCGGGGCUCCGGUGAAAAAGGCCCAGUUUGACUCGCACAAGAAGAAAGAGGUGGGUGUGAGCGAUUUGACCCUCUUGUCCACCAUUAGUGACCAGAGCAUCAACGACAACCUGGAAAAGCGGUUCCAUAACGGUACUAUCUACACCUACAUUGGUCAUGUGUUAAUCUCGGUUAAUCCGUUCAGAGACCUGGGUAUCUACACCGACGACGUGCUCAAUUCGUACAAAAACAAGAACAGACUAGAGGUUCCUCCGCAUGUUUUCGCAAUUGCCGAAAGCAUGUACUACAACAUGCGGGCAUACAACGAGAAUCAGUGUGUAAUCAUCUCGGGAGAGUCUGGAGCAGGAAAGACCGAAGCUGCAAAGAGAAUCAUGCAAUAUAUUGCAGCUGUUUCCGGGGCUUAUACAACGGCCUCCCAUAUUCAACGAAUUAAAGACAUGGUGUUGGCCACCAACCCAUUGUUGGAGUCGUUUGGAUGUGCAAAGACUCUUAGAAAUAACAACUCGUCCAGACACGGAAAGUAUCUCGAGAUUCAGUUCAACAAGUCGUUCGAGCCAGUCAGUGCAAAUAUCACCAAUUAUCUGUUGGAAAAACAAAGAGUGGUGGGCCAGAUUAAAAAUGAGAGAAACUUCCAUAUCUUUUACCAGUUCACCAAAGGUGCAAGCGACAGCUAUAGACAAACGUUCGGUGUCCAAAAGCCGGAACAAUACAUUUACACCAGUGCCUCGGGAUGUACAUCUGUCGACUCCAUCGACGACCUGAAAGACUACAAAGACACUCUGGCUUCGAUGGCCACCAUUGGACUCAGUCAGGACGAACAGGACCAGGUGUUCAGAAUCCUGGCUGCCAUCUUGUGGACCGGUAAUAUCACAUUUGUUGAGGACGCCGAAGGAAACUCCCAAGUUAGAGACACAGGAGUCACGGAUUUCGUGGCAUACCUGUUGCAAGUUGACUCUCAGCUGCUCGUCAAGUCCAUCACUGAGAGAACCAUGGAGACAUCGCACGGAAUGAGAAGAGGAUCCGUGUACCAUGUUCCAUUGAACCCCGUUCAAGCCACAGCCGUCAGAGAUGCCAUGGCGAAAGGUCUGUACAACAACCUGUUCGACUGGAUUGUCGACAGAGUCAACAAGUCGUUCCAGAGCUUGAACCUUGAGACCCACAAAUCCAUUGGUAUUCUCGAUAUCUACGGAUUUGAGAUCUUUGAUCACAACUCUUUCGAACAGCUGUGUAUCAACUACGUGAACGAAAAAUUGCAACAGAUUUUCAUCCAAUUGACAUUGAAGUCUGAGCAGGACGAGUAUGUCCGCGAGAAGAUCCAAUGGACGCCUAUCAACUACUUCAACAACAAGAUCGUGUGUGAUUUGAUCGAGUCGAAACGUCCUCCAGGUAUCUUUGCUGCGUUAAACGAUGCCUGUGCCACUGCACAUGCCGACUCAUCUGCUGCCGACCAGUCGUUCUCUCAACGGCUGAACCUGGUUUCCUCUAACCCGCACUUUGAGCUGCGUUCUGCCAAGUUUGUGAUCAAGCACUAUGCCGGAGACGUCACCUACGACGUGCACGCCAUGACGGACAAAAACAAAGAUCAGAUGUUGAGAGACCUUCUUGAAUUGAUCAACACCUCUCAAAACGCAUUUAUCCAAACUAUAUUCCCCGAGAAGGUGGACACUUCGUCGAAAAGAAGACCGCCUACCGCCGGUGACAAAAUCAAGACCAGUGCCAAUUUGUUGGUUGACACGCUCUCGCAGGCACAGCCAUCGUACAUUAGAACCAUCAAGCCAAAUCAAAACAGAUCUCCAUCCGAAUACGACACAAAAGCCGUUUUGCACCAAGUUAAGUAUCUUGGAUUGCAAGAGAACGUUCGGAUUAGAAGAGCUGGUUUUGCUUAUAGACAGACGUUUGAGAAGUUUGUGGAGAGAUUCUACCUACUUUCGAUAAAAACUUCCUAUGCCGGUGAAUACAUUUGGGACGGAGAUGCCAAGACUGCCACCACCUUGAUUCUGCAGGAUACUGGCAUUGCGCAGUCCGAAUGGCAAUUGGGUGUCACCAAGGUUUUCAUCAAGAAGCCAGAAACAUUAUUUUCCUUGGAGGAGAUGAGAGAGAACUACUGGGCUAACAAGGCCAAGGUUAUCCAGAGAGCUUGCAGAAGAUACCUCAAGAGAAGAGAAAAUGCUGCCAAGUUUGUCCAAAAGAUGUGGAGAGAGAGAGUUGGUGGAAACGUUUACGAACAGCUCAGAGAUUACGGUACGUCUUUAGUUGUCAACAAGAAGGAGAGAAGAGCUCUUUCCUUGCUUGGUUCGAGAGCGUACAUGGGAGAUUACCUUGGUUGCAACGAUAAGACUGGAGGAUUUGGAAAGUUCUUGAUGCAAUCCGUUGGACUUUCUGAGCACGUUGUUUUCUCUUCCAGAGGCCAAAUUCUUCACUCCAAGUUUGGUAGAUCUUCUCAACGGUUGAACAGAAUUUAUAUUCUUACGAGAUCCACCUUUUAUGUGAUUGCGGAGGAACUGGUGAACAGAAAGGUGUCGUAUCUCGUGGAGUCCAAGGUUGGUGUCUCUUCGAUUGGCAAGGUUGCGCUUUCGCAGUACCAGGACGAUUGGGUUGCGUUGAACCUGAACUCGGCCACACAGCCAGAUUUAUUUAUCAACACCAUGUUCAAGACGGAACUGGUGACGCAGCUCAAGACUUUGAACAAGUCCAUUGGCGUUGUUAUUGGGCCGACCGUCACCUACAACAAGAAGCCAGGCAAGCCCCACGUUGUCAAGUUCCAGGCCGACAGCACUGCUGCAAGAAACGGAGAUUCGUACAAGUCGGGAACGGUCAAGGUUGCUGCUGGACUGCCUUCGUCGAGCAGGUCCAGACAGAAGCCUAAAGGCCGAUCUAUUUUGACCAAUGCGAAUGCAAUCGCGAACUACAAACGGUCGGUUGCAAACACAACGUCUGUUGCGCAGGUUUCGAGCCAGGCUUCUGCGGCCGCGGCAGCAGCGUACCACCCUGGUGCCAAGCCGCCAGUCAACCGGAAACCAGUCAACCGCAAGCCUGCUCCUGUUCCUGCGGUGAACAAGCCCAAGCCUGCUCCGCCUCAGAGUCGCCAAGCCAAGCCAGAGCCUGUUGCUGUUGCUCAGCCCGUGGCCGCUGCGCAGGUGCCUCCGCCUCCGCCGCCUCCACCUCCUGCUGCGGCCAAGCCGAAAUGGCCAACGUUCAAGGCCGCGUACGACUUCCCUGGCUCCGGGUCGGCCUCAGAGUUCCCGGUCACCAAGGACACGAUCAUGUACAUUUUACAGGACCAGGGAGCCGGGUGGUCGUUGGCCAAGUCGCUGGACGAGACCAGAGAGGGCUGGGUGCCUACGGCGUACAUUGUUGCGUGCGAUCCCCCUGCAAGUCUGACGAACGGGUCUGCCACGAACGGGUCUGCUAAGACCGUUCCUGCUGCACCUGCUGCCAACGGCACUGCCACGACAGCCAACGGCAGUUCUGCGUUCGCUACAAACGGGCUGGCCGGUGGUCUGGCAGCAGCUUUGAAAGAGAAACAGCAGGAAGACCACAGUUUGGCAGGCGGCCUUGCUGCUGCUAUCAGACAAAAAGCGCGUCGCGACAGCGACGACGAAGAAGACGAUGACGAUGACGAUUGGUGA